GGAUGUUUGCGGCUCCCAUUGUCUUCUAUACUCUGCGAAACGGGUCAAAUUAGAUCUAAGAGUGGUAAAGGCUACCGACCCCUGAUACAUAACAACGAGCGGGUGGCGGGCGGUUUCGGUGUUGAUAAAAUGUUGGUUCGGGCGGAUGGCGGGUGGAUGACGACUAUAGUGUUGUGGGUGAUAUUAGUGCCUAUCCGCACAUCUCUAGUGUCUUGCCAUUUUAUUAAGCAAAGAAGCUAGGGAGAAAGGGGUACAAUGUAUUCACUUGCUCUGAGCAGAGUGUAAAAUUAAAUUAUCCGCAGUGCGUACACUUAUAUUAAAAUUAUAGUAUUUAUUUAACAGGAAAUAAUGGAAAUGGAACAUAAACAUAUAUUUGAUGCUCAAACUUUAAUAUUAACAAUUUAUAGAGAACUGCUACAAAGCAGUUUUACAUUAUUUAGAUACACAAAGGUGUACACAUGAAUUGUUGGCAAUUUGGAGUGCAUAACAGAGAAAUCAUGUAGCUCUAUUUAGACAAUUAUAACAAAAAAUGUUCACUUAUCUAUAGUUUAUGUUCUUGAAUUGAUGGUUUAUUCUCAGUCUUUCUGUUGAUUUCUGUUCUGUAAGCCCUUUUGGGACCCACCAUUACAAGUAUAUUCAACAGGGUUUUGCAGCGCUAGUAAGGCUUGGUUGAUAUCAAGAUGUUUUUAAGACUGAUCUUAAAUUUCAAACAAUGUUCAGCUGAAGCAAGAAUUUUGUGCGAUAAAAACAACUAAAAGGAGUAACAAAAGAACAAAGCGACAAGCACACUAUCACAUUUUUUCUACGUUCUAUCUUUAACUUGCACCACCGCCUUUCUAACAUGGAGACGUCAUCCGACCAUAUCCUGCACAGCGCUCCCUCCUGACACAGCAACAUGUUCACUGGAGUGCAUACAUGCACCGAUAUAAAUAGAGAAGUGAUCCAUUGAGCAGCGGCGCUCCCAGAAGUCCUCAGGAGACUUCCAGAGUUCCCUCCUGUACGUCAUCAGUGCCUCAUGUUGCCUGGCAAACGCACAUUUCUCCCCUCCAUUACACUUCCACAGAAAAAGACUUGGCCGCUACUUCUCUUUGUGAUGACGUCAUCACUUCAACAGCCUCACUGCAGCACACAUUGACGUGCUUUGUCACUGUGAAGGUCAAUCAAUGUCUCCAAAUCACUGUUGCCUGCAGGCACCGCUGUGUGGGUGCUUGCCAUGGGGAGGAACAUAACUGAUACACUGUGAUGGAAAUAGUUGUGGAAAAGGGAAGGGGGCGGAGCCAUAGAUAGGAGAGGGCAAAAGGGACAAAAAGCAGAAGCUCCAACAACGCUCCAUCAUAACAUCCAGAGAGACCAGGGCGCCCUCUCCUUGACCGGGGACUACAAGCUCCAAGCGGGACAUGGAUCAGGCCGAAGCUCCAUCCAACACCAUGGUGCUGGAGUUUAAGGAGGACACAGCGCUGACUGAGGUCAAAGGGAUUGUCCCAGACUGAUGACUAUUCGGUGGUCUUCUGCAGAAGAUGCGUCUCCGUGUGUCAUCUCUGCAGAGGUCCGGUCAGAAGCGUCAGGACGGUGAGCGCCUGCUUCUUCCCCAUGAGGCCGUCUACCGGCUGGACUUCCACAACCAGGAGUUGAUUUUCUCCCGCUGGAACGUGUCCCUUGGUGGCCACGGCCGAGUGACUAUCACGGGCAUCUCGCAGCACUGGACCCCCGACCUCACCCACCUCAUGACCCGUCAGCUCCUGGAACCCAUUGGAACAUUUUGGCGCAACGCUGGCGACCCCGAUGAGUCGCGACUGAAGUGUCUGGAAGCCGACAUGCAAGAAUUUGGCGAGAGGAUUGCGGAGCUGGCUAAAGUCAGGAAGGUCAUGUACUUCCUGUUUGCGUUCAAGGACGGUGCAGAGGCAGCAAAACUGCUCUGCUCGGUGGCGUUUAGGGGUGAAAAUGACUGUUAACUGUUAGCAUCUUCAGCAGCAUCCAGUGAGGAAACUUCUAGUUGCAAUUUUUUUUUUUAAGUUGUUUAAAUGUGACCUGUGAUGACCGAAGAACACAAACUAAACAGAAUAAAAGUGAUAAAUGCUA